UCAAACUCCGGGGCAGAUGUGCCUUUCCCCCUUCUCUUCUUCUUCUUCUUUCUUCUUCUUGGGUUCCCGUUUCGCUUUUUGGGAAGGCGGCGAGCGCGCGAGCCGUGAUCGUGGAGGCAAGGCAAGAGCUAACGGAGGAAGGCAAGGCGGGCAAGGAGAAGCGGCGGGAGCCGGGAGAGGGCUGGCUGGCGGCGUUGCUGCGGAACAGCCGUCGCCAGAAUUGAGCCAGAAGCGCCGGGGAAGGCGCCUUCUCCGCCGCGGAAAAGGAGCACCGCCGCCGCCGGCACCGCGCCUGCGAUCGCCACCCAGCGCCUGGGAAUUUAACAGCCUCCCUCGCCAUUUUAAUUCAUUCCACGCCGAUCGGACCCUCCAGGAUUUCUCCCGCUCUCUUUUCCGCCCCCACCCCCGCCGCGUUUCUCAUUUGUCUGAAAUGUUGGCACCGUUUUGGUGCAAAAAAAAAUCACGCCUCUAGAAAUAUGGAGCUGGAGGAAGAGGCGGCCACGGGCAGGGAGGUCUCCGGCUCUUGCCCCGGAUUCCCUUAAACUUCUCUUCGUCUGGGCUGCUGACCCUUUCAGGCGUGUUGGGCUCUGACUCCUGCGGGGCUUCUUUGCAACCUCGCCUUGCUGGUGGUUUCGCGUGAUGAUGAUGCGCUGAGUUGGAAAGGUCCUACCGCUUUGGGUGGCUAGGUAGGGGAGGUGCGGGAAUCGUUGCCCACUGAAUGAAAGGCUUUUGGGGGGGGGGGGUGUCUGGAGAAAGGAGCCUCUUUGUGGGGACUAGGAAGGGAAAAAAAUCGCAUUUCCGCAGCUUCGGUUAAAAGGAGAGGAAGUAACGUGUGAAGCAGGAAGUAACGUGUGAAUGCCUAUAAGCAGCGAGUCCCAGAUUUUUCAACUGCAGCGGCUGAGCAGGAGAAGGAAGAGGAGCGGAGGGGUCUGGCCCGGAAUAUGAAUUGGACAGGCGCUUCAGGAGGGCUGCGCUGUAAGGUUCCUCUCUGCUCCCCCUCCCCUCAGUUGGCAUCUGCUUGAAUCUUAGCUGGAAGGAAGGAUCUAUCCACUUGAAGCAGGGAGGAGGAGGUGUGGGGUGAGCCGUGGUGGGGGAAGGAAGACACCCCCUUAAUUACUAAUGGACUACAGUCACACAUGCAGAAAGUAAUAUUUCCAGUCUGGAGUUGGACUGCAAGCUGAGAAGAAAUGGUACCAUCAGUAAAGUGUGGGGGUCCAGUCUCCUCUUAAGCCAAAAGGACCGUGGUGGGGCUCCUGGAUUCCACCCCUUUCUGCCCCUGCUCUUUUGACUAUCAGCCCUUUUUGUUACAUCGAUGAAGGCCUUGGACUCCUGAUUCCAAAUCUGCACCCCAUUCCAGUCCCUCCUGCCUUGCCUCACUCACUGUUUUUCAACCCACAGUGUGAGGUUGAGAGCAAAGAAACCGGUUCUCUUGGAGGGCCGAAAGAAGAAGAGGUGGAAGAACAGCCCCCACCACACAACCUACACCAUGUUUCUCUGGAUGUGCGGGGUUUGGCUUUGGCACAGCUGACAAUGUGGACCAGGGCAGCAGCUCAAGAAGGAGAUACAAACUAUUAGCAACAAAAGACGCCGAGGGGCCGAUUUCCCCCCAGUGGAAAGUGGGGGGAAAGAAGUUCUCUUGAGGACUAGUGGCUUAAAACCAUCACCAUGGGCUGCGCUCCUAGCAUCCACAUCUCGGACAGCAGGGUGGUUUAUCACAGUAACAAGGAGCCGGAGGACUCGAACUCACCGCACCAGUCCCAGCAACAGCAAGGCAACCCUGUCCCUGGAUUAUUCAUUAAAUCUUCCAACACGUCUGCAUACAAAUUGAGGGCUAAUCCUUCCAAGAAAGGCAAACGGGACAACCUAGAGGUGGAGACUCAGACCAGCAGAUCCAGUGUGAAGGCAGUGGGAACAGAUAUGCAGUUUGGCCCUAUGAGACUCCACCAAGAUCAACUUCAGGUACUUUUAGUGUUUGCCAAAGAAGACAACCAGAGUAAUGGAUUCUGCUGGGCGUGUGAGAAAGCUGGAUUUAGGUGUAACAUUGCCAAGACGCCUGAAUCCGCGCUUGAGUGUUUUCUGGAUAAGCACCAUGAAAUCAUUAUUAUUGAUCACAGGCAUUCAAGAUACUUUGAUGCAGAAGCAUUAUGCCGGUCCAUUAGAACAACAAAACCAUCCGAGAACACUGUUAUUAUUGGUGUGGUACGAAGGCAUGCAGAUCGCGAAGAAUCCUCAAUACUGCCCCUCAUUUCUGCCGGUUUCACAAGGAGAUAUGUAGAAAAUUCCAACAUCAUGGCCUGUUACAAUGAACUCAUUCAGCUUGAAUAUGGAGAAGUGCGGGCACAAUUUAAACUAAGGGCUUGUAAUUCAAUCUUUACAGCACUGGAGAAAAGCCAAGAAGCCAUUGAGAUCACUAGUGAAGACCAUAUAAUACAGUAUAUAAAUCCUGCAUUUGAAACAAUGAUGGGCUAUCAAAAGGGCGAAUUAAUAGGAAAGGAACUAACAGAAGUGCCUACAAAUGAAAAAAAAGCAGAUUUCCUUGAGGCUAUUAAUUCUUGCAUCAAGAUAGAAAAGGAGUGGCAAGGAACCUACUACACCAAAAAGAAAAACGGAGAGAGCAUACAACAAACUGCGAAGAUAAUACCUGUCAUUGGACAGGGAGGAAGAAUUAGACACUAUGUGUCCCUUAGCAGACCUUGCACCGACAACAACAAGGCUGAAAGAGUAUGUGAACGUGUUCAGGCCGAGUCCCAGACAGAUAUCCAGACUUGCAGACACAAAGACAGAAGGAAAGGCUCUUUAGAUGUCCGAUCUACCACGUCUCGGGGCAGCGAUGGCAGUUCACAGAGAAGACACUCAUCUAUGGCCAGGAUACAUUCCAUGACUAUCGAAGCACCUAUUACCAAGGUAAUAAAUAUAAUCAAUGCUGCACAAGAGAGUAGUCCCAUGCCAGUUGCUGAAGCCUUAGACCGCGUCCUCGAGAUCCUGAGGACCACCGAGUUGUACUCCCCACAGCUUGGGACAAAGGAUGAAGACCCCCACACAAGUGACCUUGUCGGAGGUUUGAUGACGGAUGGUCUACGAAGAUUAUCAGGGAAUGAGUAUAUCUUAUCAGCAAAACAAACUCAUCAGGUUCCAGGCAGUUUAAUCUCACCUAUUUCCCUUAAUGACAUACCACCCCGGAUAGCACAAGCAAUGGAAAAUGAAGAAUAUUGGGACUUCAACAUCUUCGAAUUGGAAGCAGCGACCCAUAAAAGGCCUUUGGUUUAUCUCGGUCUCAAAAUGUUUGCUCGCUUUGGAAUCUGCGAGUUCCUGAACUGCUCGGAAUCGACUCUGCGGUCGUGGCUGCAAAUCAUUGAAGCCAAUUACCACGCGACCAACUCCUAUCACAACUCAACCCACUCUGCUGACGUGCUGCACGCCACGGCCUAUUUCCUUUCUAAAGAAAGGGUCAAACAAACUUUGGAUCCCAUUGAUGAAGUUGCUGCUCUGAUUGCUGCCACCGUGCAUGACGUGGACCACCCAGGUCGAACCAACUCCUUCCUCUGCAACGCAGGAAGUGAGCUCGCCAUUUUGUACAACGACACUGCGGUGCUGGAGAGCCAUCAUGCUGCACUGGCCUUCCAGCUCACCACCCGGGACGAUAAAUGCAAUAUUUUUAAAAACAUGGAGCGGAACGAAUAUCGAAGCCUCCGGCAAGCCAUUAUUGACAUGGUACUGGCCACGGAGAUGACCAAGCACUUUGAGCACGUCAACAAAUUCGUCAACAGCAUCAACAAGCCCUUGGCAGCCCUGGAGGAGAACGGGAGUUCCAACGGAGAUGGAGAUCCCAUGAAAAACAUCCUCACGUCUCCUGAAAACCGAAUCCUGAUCAAACGGAUGCUUAUUAAGUGCGCUGAUGUCUGCAAUCCGUGCCGGCCUCUGGAGCAGUGCAUCGAGUGGGCGGGUCGCAUCUCAGAGGAAUAUUUUGCACAGACGGAUGACGAGAAGAGACAAAGUUUGCCUGUGGUGAUGCCUGUUUUUGACAGGAAUACUUGUAGUAUCCCCAAAUCUCAGAUCUCAUUCAUCGAUUACUUCAUCACCGACAUGUUUGAUGCUUGGGACGCGUUUGCGGACUUGCCAAAUCUGAUGCAGCACUUGGACAACAAUUUCAAGUACUGGAAGGGGCUGGAUGACAAGAAGCUACGGACACUCCGACCGCCACCAGAAUAGCAUUGGGCCUCUUGGUGUGUCCGUUGGCCAUCUGGAAGCGGGUUCCUUCAAGUGCGCGUUGGAUCGUGCAUUCUCCAGAUUUGUUCCAGUCUCUUCAGUAUUACAGUAAGGCCUUCCUGUACUCAUCCUUGGGGAUCUUGAACGUUCGAGAGAGUCCGGACAGUGGCAAGUGAACUCUCGUCCAGCUCCCAUGAAGGGACUCAGUACCACGUGAGCCUUUCAAGCUGAAUUACACUGGAUUGCUGCAAUACCUGUAUGGAAGAGGGUGGGUGAGCAAAUCUUUUUGUUUUCUCUUGUUUUUGGCAUUCCCUUUAUGCCAGAAUGUGAAGCAUGAAGACAGCCUCCUCUUAAAAAGAAGAGAUUUUCGCACAUGUAUCUUCAGAUCUGCAAGUGAAGGCAAAAUCCCCAUCAGCGGUGAUGACUCAUAACACUUAUGAGGAUGCUUUUUUAAAAUGAGCACUUAAAAAAAGAUAGCUUCGUCAGAACAAUCAGAUAUUUGCCAUGCAAACCCUCCAUGAAGGAGUUUUUUGAUCUUCGGAAAAAUGGACAUCCGUUACUCUAUUUUUUCACAUCACAGAAGGUGCAAUCAUUCACUGCUAAGCACUACUGAGAGAAAGUUCUCUUUAAAAGAAAUUUAGUAGCAAACGUUCUAAGACCGACCCAACCUGCAAAAUAUUUUGAAGUUGAUCGUUAGCCAUCUCUGAUAAAAGAAGAAGUUUUAUUUAUUUUGUUAGAUGUUCAAUAUUUUCUAUGAAUUUAUAAAGACUUUCCAAGCCAAAGCCAACUUUAGAUGCAUUACAGAUUUCCAUGAUUCAUACGCGUUCUGCAUUUAAUUGAUGUACAAAAAAACCUUUUAUUUUCAUAAUACAAAAAUGCCGUACAAUGAGGACACAUUUUUAUUGCACUGUAAGGAUAGAUGUGUAUGUUGAACUAUUGUCCAAUUUUAUGUUAAUUAAAGUAAGUUUUUAUCAAAGGUU